UAUAAAAAAAAAGAAGGUAUAGACAAUUGCGCAUGCGUAGUAUAUUUCUUAGUUCUGGAUAGUUGAAAAUAACGUAAAAUAAUCCUUAGAGCUGUUUUAUAUGAAUCAACCAAGAUGAACAUAGGUACAGCUACAAGUGAGGAGAACCCAACCCAUUCCUACCUGAAUAGCAAGGGGAUCUGGUUAACCUACACAUUGGUUAUCUUACUGUUCCAUCUUAUGCUCCUCAGUGUCCCGUUUUUUUCAGUAGCUGUGGCAUGGACACUGACAAAUAUUUUACAUGAUGUGGGGAUGUUUUAUUGCUUACAUGUCACAAAAGGUACACCUUGGGGGACUCCAGAACAAGGACAGGCCCGAACACAGACUCAGUGGGAACAAAUUGAUUACGGUCGGCAAUUCACACCCACAAAAAAGUUUCUCACAAUUGUUCCUAUUGUGUUGUUUUUCUUGGCAAGUUUCUACACAAAGUAUGACAAAAUACAUUUUAUAAUCAAUGCCAUUGCCUUGGGCUGGAGUGUCGUACCAAAAUUCCCACAAUUCCACGGUGUCCGACUUUUUGGAUUCAACAAGUUUUGAUCAGGCUUUGACAGAAAGCGAUGGUUAUGGGACAAAUACAGGACAAGUUGAACCAUUUAGUGAUCGUAGUGCUGUGGGGAGCAAACAAUUUACAUGACUUUGUGGAAAAGAGAUGCACUGUGGGUUAUUUUUAUGUCACCAAGUCGAGGCAGCCAUGGAAAAGCUAUAUUUGUACAGUGAUGGGAGGUCAACAGUAUAAAAAAGCAAUUAUUUGUAAUAUUAUUCUAAUAUUUGAUUGUAAAAUGUCUAUGUGAUAAAGAUUCCAUUUAAGAAAUACUUAUGAAUUUUAAUCUUGUUGAAAAUUUCUGAGGUCUAGUCCUUUCAAAGAGUGUAAAAAGUCCUGAGGUUUUGUCCUCACAAAAUUUGUAAAAAGUGCUGAGGUCUUUUUUCAUUCAAAUUGAGUAAAUAGUGUACAGACCAUUCAGAAUCGGUAUUCAGUGGCCGUCAUCAGGAAAAUAUUGUAUUUUCUAAAUUUAUUUUUGCAAAGAAUGAAUAUCAACUUGAAUUUUAAGAAAAUCUGAAUUAAAAUGAAAAGGUAAAAAUACAAAAAAUGUGAUUUUCAUAGAGUAGUGGGGAAUAUAAUUUUAUAUAUGGUGUUAUAUUUAUUCCUUAGUUUAAUUGACAUAUAUCCCUCAGGGGCAUUUAUGCUAAUAAUUGUAGCAUUUAUUGGACUAAAUUCCAAACAUGGGUUUUAUUAAUCGGUAAAAAUAUGGAACAUGGGCUUACUGUUCAAAGCAAAUAAUUUUGAAUAUAUAAUAGUUGCUCAUUACUUUUACAUAACUUUCUCUUGACGUUUCUGUACUACAUGUAGUAGGACCCUGUCUUGGGAGAUAUACUAUUUUUCCGUUUUUAGUUGACAAUAUGUUAAGAAAAAUUAUCUAUUAUAUAUGAUUGUCUCGCUGUUCUAGUUUACAUUGGAUGAUAGAGAAAAUAGUAAAACUACAUAACGAAACUGUACAGAAAACCUUGUAUUCUGAUCUGACAGGAUGUUUUUCCGAUUUAUUCAUAAUAAAACAAUGUUUCUUGAGGAAAUUCUUAUUUAUGGUUAAAAUAUUUAAAUAAUUAAGAUACACAAAAUGUUAAAUUAUAAAUAGAACAUGAGAAACCAUGGUGUCAUCAAAGGGGUGUGUGUUUACCUAAUGGAGUAAAGUUGCAUGUCAAUUCUAGUAAGUCCACCCUAAUUUCCUACAUAAAAACUGACGAGGGAAGUAUAAUUUCACAGGCUCAUUUGCAAGACAACUUUGAUUUUUUCAAUAGACUGGAAAAGAAACAAUAAUCAGCUGUUCCUGAUAAAUAUAACUUUAUCUAUUUUACAACAAUUAUGAAACAGGUUAUUUCAACUUAUAUUAAUCACUCUUGUUGGCC